GUUUCCAUCAAGGGACUGGCAGCAUUGUCUUCUAGAACCUCUCCCAUCACCACUGGUGUGGGGUGUCUGCUAGAGAGGUCAUCAAUCGCCAUGAGCCCACCUGCUUCGCCCAAAUCCUCACUGAACAUGUACAGUUCAACUCUGCCAUUCAAGGGUGUCAUGGUGGGCACUGGCACCACAGCAUCGUCCUCUCCUAUAAAAACUGUUCCUGGCCUCUCCUCUGUCCGUUCCAAUGCAGACCCCUUAAGUCUAUUUUCCUCCCUUUCCUCACCAAUUAAAGCCAACACUCCUCCUAGUGCUGCAGCUCUGAUCAAUGGAACAGUAUCCCCUACAAAGUACCGCUCCUCCUCGCCCACGUCCCUACUCUCCAGCAGCUUACAGGAGAGGAUACAGGCAACCACCAAUGCAGCAACGACAAGCGUAAAUGCAGCCUUUGACGAGGUUGAAAAGACUUUCAAUUCCUGCUCUGCUUCUGGAUAUGGCACUCUGAAGUCCAUGUCCUCCUCAGCAUCAUCAUCUUACCAAUCCAUAAGAUCCUCAGCCUCUAGUUCCCUAUAUGCCACUCUAAGGUCUCCACCAAACUCUACCACCACUGUCACAUCUGGCACCAUGACGGUCCCAGUGUAUUCGGUUAUAAAUGUGUUGCCAGAGCCCCAAUUUAAAAAGCUCCCUGAAGUGUCAACGCCAGCUGCUGCCCUCUCGUCCUCUCGAAAAACUGUGCCUGCUGAGACAAACUCAGCCCAGUCUUCCUUUGCCAGAACUCUGUCACCUAUCAAAUCCUCCUUAUUUAUGCCCCCGACUGCCCUGAAAUCCACCACCUCAUCCCCGCUGUCCUCCAGCCAAGAGAUACUGAAGGACGUGGCAGAAAUGAAAGAGGACUUGAUACGGAUGUCUAACAUCUUGCAAACAGAACCAAGUUCAGCCUCCAAAGGUUUCCAGUCUGACUCUCCCAAAGAGGCUAAAAUAGAGGACGAGGAGCCUUGCAGAAUUGUAGAGAAAGUUAAACAGGACCUGGUCAAAGUUAGUGAGAUACUGACCAAGGAUAGCAAGAUGGCUAUUAAAAUUAAUAAAACAGAUGAGGCGCAGUGCUCUAAACAAGCACCAGUGGAUCCCCAGCCAAGCAACUGGAGUUAUCCACCAAGAUAUGAGACAGUGGUUCCACAAAUCAAAACUAAGACUAUACCAGACAGAGAUUUUAAUCUAUUGAAGGUAGUAGACUACUUGACAAAUGACAUUGGCAGUGGCUCUAUCUCAAAAACUGCAGAUGCAAAGCAUAGAUCCGAUGAGGUUAGAAGGGAAGGAGAGGAGAAACAAAAACGAAUGCUUAAACCUGAGCACAAGCUGAAAAUGCCACCCGCAAACAUGCGGUCCUCUGCCUCAGAAAAGGAGCUCUGUAAACUAGCAGAUGUGCUAUUUGGGCCUGAUGCCAUGUUAGAAUCUCCAGAUGACAUCUCACAUGACCAGGACAAGAGUCCCCUCUCAGACAGUGGCUUUGAGACGAGGAGUGAAAGGACACCCUCUGCCCCACAGAGUGCGGAAGGCAUGGGACCCAAGGCACUUUUCCAGGAUAUUCCACCAGUAAUCACUGAGACAAGGACUGAGGUUGUUCGUGUUAUUAGGAGUUAUGAGUCUCCUGAAGAUAACAAGCAACCAAUGAUGGAGGAUACAAGGGCAGUUCGAUACACUGAUGCAGAACCCAAAGGUCUGAAUGCAUCCAAUGUGGACCAAACUAAAUCAUUUCAGAUGAAAAUCAGCCCGGACGAUGACUCAAUGGGCAAGAGCAUGCGUGUGAAGGAAGAGACCCACAUCACGACUACCACACGAAUGGUGUACCACAAACCCCAGAGUAAAGAGAAUACAUCUGAGAGGAUGGAAGAAUCAAUGUCAGUGCAUGAUAUCAUGAAAGCUUUCCAGUCCGGCAGGGAUCCCUCCAGAGAACUUGCUGGACUGUUUGAGCACAGGGCCAGCAAUGAUGACACAUCGCAGAGGGAUAUAAACUUAAAGCCCAAAGUUGAAAGAAUAAUCGAGGUUCAUAUUGAAAAGGGCAACAAAACUGAACCAACUGAGGUCAUCAUCCGGGAAACAAAAAAUGACCCAGAGAAGGAGAUGUACUUCUACCAAGGGAACAGUGGCCUGUCACGACAGGGAGAGGAGGAGCCUGAAGAAUCGCUCCCCUGUUACCUUGAGUCUUCCAGAGUAAACACGCCCAUGUCACAGGAAGACGACAGUCGUCCAAGCUCUGCCCAGCUCAUGGCAGAUGACUCGUACAAAGCCCUGAAGCUUCUCAGCCAGCAGUCAGUGGAAUAUAAUGAUGAUGAAUCAUCAGAACUCAGAGGGGAGUCCUACAACUUUGCAGACAAAAUGCUUCUCUCUGAGAAACCAGACUCUUCUCACUCUGACACCGAGGAGUAUUUGAGGGACAGGUCUCAUUUUCACUCCCCAGAUAGGAGUAGUUAUAGUCAGGAACGGUCUAGUGGAUCAAGGCAAGAAUAUAUUUUGAGGUCAUCAAACAUUGAGAAAUCAGGUCAAAUUGCCAAUGUAGAUGAUAACUUUGACAAACUAACACUAUUGCAGUAUUCCUCAGAACCUGGUAGCCCAAAGCACUCUGUUUGGAUGCGUGUCACUGAUGACAGACAGAGCCAGAAUAGAGAAAAGCUAAUAUAUGAAGACAGAGUAGACAGAACUGUUAAGGAAGCAGAGGAAAAACUUAGUGAAGUCUCUCAGUUUUUUCGUGAUAAGACAGAGAAACUGAACGAUGAGCUCUCAUCCCCUGAGAAGAAGUCCCGCAGGUCAGACUUUAGGGAAACACGAUCUGGGCCUAGCUCUACGCACAGCAGUCCUGAAAGAUCAACCUAUAAGAAUGGGAGCAGUGGUGAGGAAUGUAGAGAACGUUUCAGGGACAGGUUUGGCUCCAAUGAUAGAAAAUGUGCUAGUUUACCGAGCAGCCCAGAGAGGAGAGUGCUGCUACAGUAUAAUGAUGACAAUAGAAAACCAGGUGAUGGCACUUCACAGGGCAAUGCAGGUGACGCCUCUAAACCAUUUCAAAUGUCAUCCUCCAAAGUCAGCGCUGUUAGGCUAAAAUUUGAACAAGAGGCUCAGAAGCAAGAAAAGGGUCCACAAUGGGGACAAACAUCAAAUGCCCCAGUAAGAAAACUCCAGGAAAGUACACUGCCUAUGUUUCAAGUUUUUGCUGGCUCAAAUAUCCCCAAAUCACCAGACAGUCCAGGAAGUACCAGGAAAGUUCUAGAAAGUGAGGUUAGAGGAUCUAGUAGACCAAGCCCCAGUGCUAAUAGGUAUAUAUGCUCAUCUCCUAAACACGACACAAACGGAAAUGAACAGGAAGAAAAAAAGUCCUUAAAAACUUGGGAAUGUCAUGGAAAUGGAAACUAUAAACCCCAAGUGUCAAAACUAGCUCACACUUUAGUUCAAGAUGCGCAUGGCAAUGACAGAAAUUCACAAAGAGAACUGCAGGGCUUUAGAGAUGGAAUAACCAGUAAAGAAGAGACAACCAAGAAAACUAUUUACACAGAGCUUGUGGUUCAAGAAAACCCAAAUAGUGAUGUACGUACCGGUAGUCAAAAAAAAAACUCGGAAUCGCAAAUUCCUGUUAGAAUGCCAUGUAGUUUUUCAGAGAAUGAUCAAUCCACAUCAUUAAAGUUAGAUACCUCUGUUAAACUGUGUGAAAGGGCAGGAUCACAAAUACCUACUUUAGCUAGAAAUCGGUUGCAUGGCAGCUCUGAAGCCAACAAAUCUACAAACGACUCAUCGGUAGAAAAAUCCUCAGAUUCUUAUGAUAGUAGUCAGUCAACUGUAGUAUGUAAUGGUAUAGAUAGCGACCAAGUAGAAUACUUGGGAAACAUAACCCCUGUAGUUGUCACUGAGGGUUUCAAAGACAUCAAACCAUUGCCAGUUUAUGUGAACAUCCAAGUGGGUAAGCAAUAUGAAAAAGAAACAUCUGGACUGCUGGGAACAUACCAAAAAAUAGUGAGUCACGAGAGCCGAACAGUACACGAGACACGGGGAGCAUUUUAUACUGUCAAACAAAAACAGCCCCCAUCUCCUCAAGGCAGCCCAGAGGAUGACACUCUAGAGCAAGUAACAUUCAUGGACAGCUCUGGCAAGAGUCCUGUUACUCCUGAGGCACCAAGCUCCGAGGAGGUGAGCCUUGCCUCCAGAAAGACAGAUUCCGUGAUUGGAUAUAUGCCCGGCAUGCCCAGUCCAAUAGCAGAGGAGUCUGAGGAAGACGAAGGAAAGACCUUCAUCUACAGGGAGUCUCUGCCAGAGAAAACCAAGCCUGCCUCAUCAGAGCCCUCCAACAGAAACCAGGAAACAUUGAAACGACCCAAAGAGAAACGAGUCGCUUACAUUGAGUUUCCCCCACCUCCGCCUUUAGAGGCAGAGCAUUCUGACCCUGAGAAGAGGGGGUCUUGUGCCUCCUCAGAGGCUGAGACAGAGAUGAUGGAGGUGAACCUCCAAGAGGAGCAUGAUCAGCACCUCCUUGCAGAGCCCAUCAUCAGGGUUCAGCCUCCGUCUCCAGUUCCCCCUGGAGCAGAUGACAGUAACUCUAGCGAUGAUGAGUCUAUCUUCCAUCCCAUCCCCAACAAAAAGUACACCUUCAAGAUGAAGGAGAAGGAGGAAGGAGAGAAGCGUCUGAAACCCAAAAAGCCUGAGAGGAACGGAAACAACAAGGAGUCAGGUACUAAUGGCGUUGUUAAAGCAGAGGAGGAAGACUUGGAGCAAAAUGACCAGUCAAUCACAGACUGCUCCAUAGCCACAACUGAGUUCUCUCAUGACACAGAUGCUACUGAAAUAGACUCUCUCGAUGGCUAUGACCUUCAAGAUGAGGAUGAUGGGUUGAGUGAGCAAGACCCUAAGACAUCCAGCCUGUCCAAUGAUGGCAAGACAUGUGAUCGUUCCUUUAGUCAAUCAAAGCUUGAAGUCAUAGAGGAGGAGAAAACACCAAGUGAGGAUGGAGGGGAUAAUGGGAAAGCAAACUCAGAUCAAAACAUUGGAGAUGAAAAAGACUACACUCUCGAGGGAAGACAUCCAGAUAGACAGUGCGAUAGACAAGGCUUUGCAGAUAACUUCUUUGGCUAUCAACUUGAGGAGGAGUUAAACUCUACCUUCAAAACUGUUGCCACGAAAGGCUUAGACUUUGACCCCUGGUCAAGCAAAGGGGGUGAAGGAGUUUUUGAUGCCAAAGCGAAAGAAGAAGAUCCCAAGCCUUUCGGUUUGUCUGUGGAUGACAAGUCGCAAGCCACCACUCCAGACACUACCCCUGCUAGAACCCCGACUGACGAGAGCACACCGACUAGCGAGCCUAACCCUUUCCCCUUCCACGAGGGGAAGAUGUUUGAGAUGACGCGCAGUGGUGCAAUUGACAUGAGCAAGCGGGACUUUGUUGAAGAGAGACUUCAAUUUUUCCAGAUUGGUGAGCAUUCCUCUGAUGGGAAAUCAGGGGACAAGGGGAGAGGGGGUAAGAAUCCGGGGGUAGUUACCUCUCAGUCAAAAACAGGGGAGAGGGGUGAAGGGGUGAAGGUAGAGACUGCCACAGACAGCAGCACAUCAGCAAAGUGCAGCCCUGCACAGACUGGCACUGGCUGUAGCGAUUCUCCUUCUGGUGUCACUGUAGCCGAGACCACAUCCUCAUGCACCAUUACGGCCUCUAAAGUUGACCCCAAAUUACGCACCCCCAUUAAGAUGGGAAUAGCCGUCUCCAUUACAGUGAAAAAAGACUCUGGGGAUCUCAAAGAAUGUAAGGCAGAGAGGUCAGAAAGUCAGAUGGCAGAGUACAUUAACUUGGAAAACCAGUCAGUGGAGAGUCAGUCUAGCGGAUACACAGACCAAAAGCUGUUAGAAAGAAGGGAUUACCCUGCAGAGAACUGCAAUAACAACAAUAACCUUGAGUCCUCAAGCGUGCAGGCUAACUAUAUACAGUGUGGCAGUGUCGUGUUUAAUUUGCAGUCGUCUUCUGAACCCACACUUCAGAAAGCCAGUAGGAUUGAAGCUUUGUUCUGUAGUGACUCUGUAGAGAGAGUAGAAGAAAGCAGUGUUCAGGCUGAACAAAGAGAAAGUGAAGCCAUCAAGGAAGCUGAGACGAAGCAGCAAAAGUCUAGGCUGCCUGUCAAAGCGCCAGGGUGGUCUUUUCGUACACAAGACACAGCAAUAGGGAAGCAAAAACCCAAACAGGUUGUCAAGGCUGAGGUCAGGAGAAGAGCAGAGCCUGUCAUUGCCAAAGUAGAGCCCAGGUCUAGAAUCCCAAUCAAAGAUAUUAAAAAGAGCAGCACAACCAGCUGCCCAAUAUCAGUGCAGGUAACAGCUCAGUCUACCAGGGAGAGAGUAACCAUACAGUUACCCUCCAGGUUCCCCAUUAAAAACAGAUCUCAGGUUAGCUCGGCAGGUGAGACGAGUAGGGAAAACGGCAGCGAGGUUUGUAAACGCACCAUUGAGUACUUUAAGGGCAUUAGCGGGGAGACGCUAAAGCUGGCCGACCGCCUGUCAGAUGAAGAGAAAAAGACACAGGGAGAACAGUCCGAGGAAGACAGCACCUCCAGGAACACCUCUCUGUCGGCCCCCUCUCAGCCCUCCCACUCGUCGAGGUCUGGUAGAGGCUCGAGAGCUGAGGCCGGGACCUUGUCCAUAAGGGCAAAGGUCGACAGGGCCUCCGGCAGUGAGAGGAGCAGGAGGAGUAGGCGGACUGGUGGGAAGGAGGGCAGUCAGGUUGCGGGGCCUCGGGCGCCCCCCGUCGCGGAGAUCAAGCCUAGUCCUCAGAGUCCCUGUGAGCGAACAGACCUGCGGAUGGCCAUCGUGGCAGACCACCUGGGACUUAGCUGGACUGAGCUAGCUCGGGAAAUGGACUUUUCUGUCGACGAGAUCAACCACAUCCGAGUGGAGAACCCCAACUCCCUGACAGCGCAGAGCUUCAUGCUGCUAAAGAAAUGGGUCAGCCGGGAUGGUAAAAACGCAACGACGGAUGCCUUAACUGGAGUGCUGACCAAAGUCAAUCGGAUGGAUAUUGUGACUUUACUGGAGGGGCCGAUAUUUGACUAUGGUAACAUUUCAGGCACGAGAAGUUUUGCCGAUGAUAACGCUGUUUACCUGGAUCAGGCUGAUGGUUGGCACAGUGACACAUCCAGCGUCAACGUGGAGCCCCCCACACCCGGCCGCAGUGUGAGCUCAGACCUGCUAGACCGCCAGGAAAAUAGCCAGGAGAACUCCAGUGACUCCAUCACCUCUUCCUCUAGAGGAGAGCUAGCGAGGUCUAGGCACAAUGGCGAUAACACGGAGCUACCACCUCAGGACGGGUCACUUCCUGUAUCGCAGGACUCAGCCAACGGAAGAACUGGACGUGGGAAGGAAGAAGGCACGCUUGUAUCUGAGAGGAAAGUCCAGCAAGGAGAUGGAGCUAAAAGCAGGUCGGGAGAAAGGAAGCUUCAAUCGUAGGGGUAGCUGUGCUCCACCAGGUGUGCAGGAAUUCUUCUCAUCUGUUUCCAGGGCAGAAAGUUACAAACUGAAAAACUCAAGAAAUUUCAGCCAGGACUUGAUCGGUCUGAUUUCAAUAUGAGCAUGAAAAUCUCCCUCCCUGUCAAAUGAGGGACCUGGAAGGUUCCUACCAUGGAAUCUGAAUUCUAAUUGUAUGGCUCUCACUUCCUGUGGUCUAUGGACCAGGAGAAUUCUGCUUCCUGUUUGUGACUCGUAACGUGCCAUUGGCGUCGUGAGAGCUUUUGAGGAGUAUUGUGGUGACAACAAAAAGGACUCCAUCACAGAAAAACUACAGGUGCAACUGAACUUACACCUGUGACCAAAGAUGGCACAAAAGCUCAAUUCUAGUAGUAGGAGAAAGAAAAUCAACAAAAUUACACAAAAACUAGAGGAACACUUCUGAUCCAACACUCGCCUUAUAGUUUUUUCUCGGACCCAUAAAUGUCAGGUUGUAAAUUGCUGUGGGGUUUGUUUUCCUUUUUAAAACUAAAAAUAAUACACAGCUUUUUCCUGUAUAUAAAUUACAAUGUGUACAAUAAAAAAAAUGAUGAGUUACAGGAUGAUAAUGCACAGGAGAGAACUUUACAAGUGCUUUCAACAUUAUUAUCAAAAUGGUUCCACUUUUAAGGAAGAUUUGAGUGUAACUUCACACGUUCUUGUAUAAUUCAUUAUUAUAGCAGGUAUAAUGUUUGUAUAUGAAAAAAGCUGGUUAGAUUUUAACAGAGGACAUUUCCAGAAAAUCUUCUGCAAAUUUAAGUGAUUCCUAAAAAGGGGAUGUAUCUAAUUCUGCAAAAGCAGAGUACUCAUAUUUUCAUGCAUGCCGUUCACAUUAUUUUAAGUACAAUUUUUACAAGUUUGCAAACACUGUAUUAAAAUGAGAAUUAAAACCCUUUAUCUGUGUACACAUAUAGUCCUUACAUUUGUCACCCGUUUUAUAUUUGAAAUGGAAAAAAAAUACCAUAAAAGCAUUUAUUGUGUCGGGGACUAGGAACAGUAUGGAGAACAUUUGUUCUAUAGCUUCUUGAGGGUUUAAUGUAGUCUACCGUUUGUCUAUGUAAAACUGAACGGCAGCUUCUGCUGGCAUUAGCAUAAAUGCUAUGAGAAAGAAGUUAUCUGAAUGUAUAUGCUAGUAGACUGGCUCGCCGUAAAACUAUAACUGUAUUGUGUGUAUUGGCUAUAAGGUGUAGAGGUCUCUGUACGCUGUAAGACUGUAAUCAUUUUAGCGGUGUGUCAUUUGGUUUUAUGAAGGCUGCUGUGGUUUUAAAGAAAAGGUGUCAUUUCCUUUUGGGCUAUGGUGAAGUACUUCCUUAAAUUUAAUCUACUCACAUAAAGGCAUAAGACAUGAUUUGAUUGUAGCUCUUAAUAGAAUAUGUAUGACAAAAACACUGGAUGGUCAAACGAUUAUUUAAGCAUCAAAUGAAUUGUGUGAUCUUUCUUGGCUUGAGAAUCUGUAUGCGGUGUCUAACUAGCAUUCAUUUGAUAGCUCAUUGGCGAUUACUUUGCAUUAGAUCUUCUCUUUGUAUUGGUUUAACUAGAGGCCCAUGUAGUUAAAGUGUGGUGUUAUUCUGGUGUGAAGGCUCAGACUUAGUGUGAUGAUGUUUAUGCUGUGGACAUAACAACCAAGUAAAGGAUUUUAUUUUUAGACAAGUGAAGUCAUUUAGGGUAUUGUAUCAUAUCUCCCAUCCUACAUGUCAAUCAGGGGGUAGAGGCUAAUUUGAUCAAUUUUGUUUGAUAUGUGUUUUCACCUGAGCUAAUUUUUCGAUGUACAAUUCUUACUAACAGAGUGAAGCCAUUGAAAUGUAACUAUUCUAGCACUUUGGUUAUUCAAAGUCUUCUUUUAGAGGCCAUAGCAGUAAUGACGCCACCACAAUGUUUCAAUUUAAAAACAAAAUAACAAAAUAAAAAUGCAUUGAUUUUGCAA